AUGUUGGGUUAGGGGAGGGUAGGUGGGCUGUUGUCCAGAUACUGAUAUUGAUCCACUUUUUCUUUACAAUAUUUACACAACAAUGGUUUUAAAUUUCGUCUGUGAGGAGCUCGACAAUAUCAGUUUCGUUUGCUAAAUUAAAAGCUCGAAAACUGCAACUUCCGUCGUGAAAAUUUACAUUAUAAAACGUCUUUCUCUCUCUUGACAAAUCCUGUUCACGAAGUCAUUAACUGAAACAAAAACCAUUUAGUGCUCCUAACGUAAACCAGCUAUAAAUUUUUUGUUAACAACUUGAUAUCCUUGUCAACUGUAUUAUGAUAUCUAAAGGGGCAGUGGUCUUAAGAAUUUCUGCAGUUCAAAUCGCCCGUUUUUUAACACACUCAAGGCUUUUGUCAAUGCAUGAUAAUGUAAGGGCAUGCAAUACUCUAACACCGGCCCCACGCAGGUAAGGUAGAAGCAGAUGGUAUCGUGAGCCGUAACAGCUGCCCGAUUCAGCAAAAAUCAAGACAUAUAUGCACUUUAGUGGUUUAUUUAAAGUCGUUCAACAUUCGUAAAAAGUAUGGUGACUCACUAAUGCCACAUCAUUCAUUAUUUAGACAGAAACAGAUAUGAAGCUCAGAAAUUCCUUAAAUAAUAAUAACUCUUGUUCAUAGUUUUGACGGCUACCCUCCCGCCAACGAAAGAGACUGAGCCGUCAGAGUCUUUUCCGACGUAUUCUCCUCAGUGUGUCACGUGGUAUAUACAUCCAUUUGCACCAGCCUCCUGUUAUAUAUCCUUUGAUGGGGAGAAAAAAGGCAAUUUCGAAGAUAAAACUACCAUGUCACCAUCUGACGAACCAUUUACGAUUAGAACACCAGCUACAGCGCCAACGCAGUUUACCACAGCUAUUACAGUCAACACAGCCAAUAGCGUACGUACAAUUGCGAGUUCAACUGAUUCCACAGCUACGCCCAUAACCACACCUCCAAGCACACCUUCAAGCACACCUUGGAGCACACCUUGGAGCACACCUUUAAACACACCCUUUACCACACCUAUAACCACACCCAAAACCUCACCAACAAGUUUAUUUAUCAUUUGUGUUGAAUAUAAGCAGUGGAAAAUCACCGUUCCGGAAGGAAACUAUGUCGAGAUGACUAUCAAGAAUAUAAAUCUUCGACCAUGGGCGUGUUUGUUCGAGACAUACAUUAUGGUCAGAGACGGGCAUUCUUUGUCAGACAAUGUCCUCAGGAUUCUUUGUGAAGCAAGCACUUCACCUUACCGCAUAACGUCUAGUGGCAACAAAAUGAUCGUGGAGAGAUAUGGAACAUUGGGAACUAGUGAAGGUGCGGGGUUUGAAGCCAGCUUUAAGGCAAAACCUUUAAAAACUGGAGGUUGGUGUAUGUUUGGUUUAUUUAGAGUUUCACUAUCUCUUGUACAAUUUGGUUAAACGACAGUGAACCUUGGGAUAAAAGCCUUCAAAGGAGGCGUCAAUUGAUUAUUUCAUCUGUCUUUUAACAGAUUCUCCUAGCUUUGGAGUGGCUGAGGAAACGGUGGCUUUGCUAGAGCAUUGUUCUCAAAGCUUGCUCUGCCAAGCGGGCGGUGCACCUGCUCCUAGAAUCACGUGGUCGAAAAAUGGAGAAGUUUUACAAAAUAGCACAAGUGUAACUUAUACACCGAGAUGGCAUUCGAAAUCAGGAAAUUACACCUGCAGAGCAAGUAAUUUUAACGGCUCGGAUACGAAAACUAUUCUAGUUCACACCGAGAGUGAGUAUAUUUUGUUGUUAUUUAACACACAAUGUAAGGUAAAGAUGCUAAUUGUAAGCUAAACAAAAUAAAAUUGGUCAAUACGUAAGAUUCCUCCCCCCCCCCCCUGUUGAAGUCCUAAAUGUAAUAACUGUCCUAAAUGUAAUAAAGUCCUAAAUGUAAUAACAUUUGGUCCUAAAUGUAAUAAAGCCCUAAAUGUAAUAACGUUCGGUCCUAAAUGUAAUAAGCCUCCUAUGCAAUCGUUUAACUGCGCUAACAUUGAGAUGUUAAAGUGACAGCUGUUGCACCAAAGAAUCCUCUGACCAAUAUUUAUGGAAUAUUGCGGGCUCACUGAUAUUAAUCAGCGGCUUUUUAUUUGUUAAAGACGUAGGUUGAGAAGCAUUGGCUACAAAACCUUAUUCUAAUACUGAUGUGCUUUUGGCAUCAAAUUGACGGACGCAGAAGCAACGAGAACGUUGACUAAUAGCUCUCUCUAUAUCAUUGGCUCAGACUCUUAAGUGUAACAGAUUUUGACGAAAUACUUCUGUCCUCAGUGCUGAAGUUAACACUUGAUGAACCAAAUUACAAGGAAAAAGAAGUCCACCGACUUACACGUUAGACAAGUUCUGGGCUCAGAAGGGCAUUUUUGUACUGUCUUCCCUUGCCAGAUUUGUACGGGUUUGCAUAAACUAUAUUCAUAUGCGUUAUUGACCGAACGUGAGGUCAAAAUGGCUAUAUAUUGGCCGAGUUCUUUUUAUUUUUUGCGUUUUUAUGGACUGAGACGAAGUCACGGUCCAUAAAAAAAGUAGAAAAAGAACGAGGCUAAUAUCCAGUAAUCUUGACCAUACAAGAGAGUUUAUAUUCUCUUGGCUUAAUCAUUAAAGGAUUCAUUGUAUAGCAAAAGAUUUCGCUUUGAUAAGAAUCAAGAAUGGCCUGUUUAUUUCGAGAGCCGAUAGUGAAAGCCAACUGUGUUUGCAGCACAAUAAACCCAGGAGGGUCGUUUAUUUUUUCUAUGUAUAUAUGAAAACAUUGUCCAAAAGUUACGAACUUUGUAAGUUUUCUUGCGUGGGAUCAAUACGGGGGAUCCCGAACGGGCGAGGGUGGGCCCAUCAUGCCCGCUCAGGUAGCCAAUCAGAACACAGGAUUCACUUCAUCUUGCCCGCGUGCGCUGCUAGCUAUAUGAUAAUGUGACUUGCAGAGCAAGAUAUCGACUGACCAAUGAUAUGUUAUCCCAUUUCACGAUCACAGGUCUCGACAUGUUGCCUUUUUUCCACGCAAGAGUCAAAUUGAACCAUUGAGCUACACCAUUCAAUACAUGAUGGUCAGUUGGCGGUCUAAUGAACCAUUCUUUUUUUUCCUAUAGCCCCUUAUGACGGGUUCAUCAGUUCCCGAACCGAAAUAUUAGGAAAACAUACAUUUUAAAGUUGAUCUCAAGUUUAUAUUUCAUUUUUUGUCUUCACCUCUUGUCCCCGCCGUGAGUGGAGAAAAUGAAUAGAUAAAUAGAUGAAUGAAAAAAGAAAGCUCAACAGUUUCCACUUAUAGUCAUAUGAUACAUGAACUGAUUACUGAGGUGGAGUAAAGCCAUAGAGGGCUGGAAAUGCAACACCCCAGGUUCAAAAUUGAAUAAAUCAGGAUAGUCAUUCUUAAAAAUGAACUCAAAUGCUUCAUUAGAAUCAAUUGACACUGAAUAACAUUGAUGUGCAAAAUUUCAAUAACGCUACUGAUAAUAAUAAUUUUCUUUUGGAUUAACAUGUGACACAGCGAAAUCAUUCAAACUGCCCUAAAAUGGUGCAUCACUUCUAAAGACUUUAACACGAACGAUAACAUCAACAAUAGCAUGCUAGUUCAUCAUCAAUUGUGGUAAAUUUCUUUUCCAAAAAGUCUUAAUGGUUACAUACCAAUCGAUUCCAUCCUAUUGAGCUUCCAGCCAAGCACUAGCCCACUUUGGGCUGGAAAUGAUUUUCUUCAACUCGAUCAAUAAACCGCUAUAAGGAACAUACUUCGACUGCUGAUAUUUCUUGUGUCUAGCAAGUAAAAAGACGCUGAUUCAUAUCAGCGGGCCCACAAUGUGACAUGUAUACUGGUCAGCGGUUUUUUUGGAGCAACAGCUGUCACUAACAUAUCAAUGUGGAUGUCCGCCAUAACAACAAUGCACUGCAGGAGUUAAACGAUUGCAUUUGAGGCUUAUUACAUUUAGGACUAAAUGUUGUUACAUUUAGGACUUUAUUGCAUUUAGGACCAAAUGUUAUUACAUUUAGGACUUUAUUACAUUUAGGACAGUUAUUACAUUUAGGCCUUCAACACCCCCCCCCCACACACACACACACACACACACACACACACACACCUACAACACCCACAAUUUUUCUUUUCGAGUGACGUGUCAGCAGCUGAUUUGCAAUAUCAAACACACGUGAAAAACUAUCGUAUUUUUUCACGCGCGCUGUUAUGGCUCUUCUCAGGGCCGAAGCCGAAAAUCCUUGUAUAUCAUCGAAGUUUAUACGAUAAAUAAAAAACCCUUAUUAAAGCGAGUAAUAUCUCCCUAUCACAUCGCCAAGCGGAUAACAAUGACUUCUGGAAUGUUGCUCUCACCAUCUUUUUGCAUUUCCUUUCCAGAAUGCUCUCGUUUUUGCAACUGUCUCAAACUGAAUUCACAUCCAUUCUGGUUUCGAGUUUACUGUUGGCCUUCCUCCGAUGGAACAGUUCCGAGGGACGUUCCCCUUGCUACAAAAUAUUUGUUAGUUUGAAAUAAUUUUUCAGUUAUAUCAUAUCAUUAUAUCAAUUGCAUGUUUUUCAUAAUCAUCAUUUUUUCUGUUUAAUUCCAGGUUUUUUUUUGUUUAUACCUCUUUGUGGCAUAUUUCUCCAAAGUCAUUUGAAAACUUAACUGACCUGCAGUACUUGUAA